ACGAGCAUCCCGUGUAUUACGGUUUUGGGAAGUAGGUCGGAUUUUGUUGGAUUGUUGGCACGGAACUUCAAUGGUUUUUAAACUCGGUUAACGUAGCUGUAGUCUUCAGAAAACACAACUCUUUUCCCUCUUAUUAUAGUUGCCUGUCAGGUAACCAGAUACCAAUAUGCCACCUAAAAAACGCAACUCCGGGACGACACAAAGCAAAGAACUGAAGCCCAGUGCUGACAGUUCAUCUCCAGAAAAGAAUCCAGAGUUAUCUGUGAAGAAGCACAAAGAUAAGGACGCAGAGUUUGUGACACUGUGUAAGAGCCUUCAUGUUACAGACCUGGUCUGUGACCGCGCCUGGACGCUGUGGAAAACUGUUCAGGAAUCCAUGGAUGAAGUUGUUGACACUCAGAAAAGGCUGUGGGGUGCUUGUCUGUUUGUGAUUGUAACCGACAUGGAUGUUUCCCAUUUCACUGUGACUCAGGUUCUGAAAGAAGUCAGUCUGAACAUAAAACAGUUUAUGGAAUUGGUGAGAAAGUUGGAUGUGAACUUGGAUACGAUAAGCACUAAAGUGAAUUCAGCAUUGACACGAUUGGAGAAGAAGUACAAUGUGAUGCUGGCUCUCUACCAGAGGUUUGAAAAAACAUGCAAAAACGUCUUUGCUUUGACUCCUGAUGGCAAGGAGAGGGAGAUAAUUCGGACCUGCUGGACAAUGUUUCUGUUGGCAAAAGGAAGGGCUUUGCAGAUGGAGGAUGACCUGGUCAUAUCCUUCCAGCUGCUGCUUUGUACGUUGGAGUUAUUCAUCAAGCGCUGCUCUCCAGACCUUCUGCAGCCUCUUUACAGAUCAGCCAUCAGUAAGGUUCAGAGCCCUCCAACACGAACAUCUCGUCGCAACCAGAGCAAAGCUAAAUCCCGACCUCCAGAACCAGAGGUUGAUGUGCAGCUUCUAGAAACCUUGUGCAAAGAGAAUGAAUGUAACCUAGAAGAGGUGAAGAACGUAUACCAGACUAGUUUCUCAACUUUUCUGGACUCCUUGGAUCUUUCAAGAUCAACAGAUUUUCCUCAGGUGAGUCAUGUCAACCAGCAGUAUGAAGAGCACUACCUUAAGAGCAUGGACAUUGAUGGACGGCUGUUUUUUGAUGGAGACGAGACUGUUCUUGCACCUAAAGUUGAGACAUCACAGGUAGAAAUGACACCGAAGAAGAGUCAACCAGAUGAAGAUGGGGUACUCAUCCCUCCACAGACACCAAUCAGGGCUGCCAUGACGUCCAUUCGGCUGCUGAGGGGUGAUCUCCCAUCCAGUGGGGACCAACCAUCAACUAACCUGGCCACGUAUUUCAAAAAUUGCACUGUGGACCCCACUCAGGAUGUUCAGAAGCGUUUGGAGACGCUUGGCCAGGUGUUCAGCCAGAAAUUUGGUGAGGCUGUUGGGCCACACUGCGUUGCGUAUGGCAGGCAGAGAUUUGCCCUUGGUGUCAGAUUGUAUUACAAAGUAAUGGAGGCAAUGCUGAAAUCGGAAGAGAAGCGGCUGUCUGUGCAAAAUUUCAGUAAACUGCUCAACGACUCCACAUUCCACACAUCACUUUUGGCCUGUGCUUUGGAAGUGGUCAUGGCAACAUAUGAAGAGAGCAACUUCAAAAAUGGAGGAUACAACCAUGGAGGUGGGGACCAAGCUGAAACAGAUGUAUGUUUCCCCUGGAUAUUGAAUGUGUUCAACCUCACAGCCUUUGACUUCUACAAAGUAAUUGAGAGCUUCAUCAAAGCUGAGCCUACUCUGAGCAAAGAUAUCAUCAAACAUCUGGAGACCUGUGAGAACCUCAUCAUGGAGAGGAUUGCAUGGAAAACGGGUUCCCCGCUGUUUGAGCUUCUGAGACAUGAACAUGAUUGUGGAGCAGCAGAGCAGGUGGAGACUCCAGCUAGUUUUAACCAGCCGCUGCAGCACAAUCACACCGCUGCCGACCUGUAUCUGUCCCCGAUGCGCCCAGGCAUGCGUGUCUUGCCUCCUGAGUCCCCGGCAGCACCUACUUCUCAAUCUUCCUCUCAGCCCACAUCGCAGAUAACCAGCCAAGCUCCAAGACACCAGAAGUCCAACUCUCUAAGCCUUUUCUAUAAAAAAUUGUACCGCUUGGCAUAUACAAGGCUGAAGACACUCUGCUCCUACCUGUUGUCCUCCCACCCUGAGCUGGAACCAAUAAUAUGGACCCUUUUCCAGCACACUCUGCAGUAUGAGUACGAGCUGAUGAGAGACCGUCACCUCGACCAGUUAAUGAUGUCAGCCAUGUAUGCCAUAUGCAAAGUGAAGAGUGUUGAUCUGCGCUUCAAGUCCAUUGUCUCGGCAUACAAGAACAUGCCCAAUACCAACCAAGAGACUUUCAAACAUGUGUUGAUCACAGAGGGCCAGUAUGACUCCAUCAUUGUCUUCUAUAAUCAAGUGUUCAUGCAGAAGCUGAAAACCAACAUUCUGCAGUAUGCGUCUACCAGGCCACCAACCCUCUCUCCAAUCCCCCAAAUUCCACGCAGCCCCUACAAGUUCCCAAAUUCACCUCUGCGUGUGCCUGGAAGCAAUAAUGUGUACAUCUCUCCUAUGAAGAGCUCACGCAUGUCCCCAGGCAUCAUGACCCCUCGCUCCAGAAUGCUGGUAUCUAUCGGUGAAUCAUUUGGGCUCUCCAAUCGCUUCCAGAAGAUCAACCAGAUGGUCAGUAGCAGCGAUCGAUCCCACAAGAGGACUCUGGAUUUCGGCUCGGCUCCUAAGCCUCUAAAGAGGUUACGUUUUGAUGUGGACGGUCAGGAUGAAGCUGAUGGAAGCAAAUCUGGAGGAGAUUCUACACUGAUACAGAAGCUUGCAGAGAUGAGCUCUACUCGGAGUCGCAUGCAGGAACAGAAGAUGAAGGAGGAUGCUGAACUGAAAAAGGAGAUACUCUAAAACCUGCUGGACCCAUCGCUUAUCACAAUGUGAACACUAAUGUUCAUGCACAAAAUGAAACGCAAGUUUUCAUGUAAAUUUAGUGGUAAAUAUUAGUUUUAUUUAACUUGGAGGAGUAGUGUGAGAAUAUAAAGGACUUUCUCCUCGCUUUUGUGUUCAUGCUGCGUGUUUUUACUAAAUGAUUUUUAUUAAAUAUCAUUUGAAUUUGAUAAGUCAGGAUUGAGUAUAUUUGGUUUUAAGAGUGAUAUUAACUUUUGGGUCUUAGAAGAAAUCAUUGUUUUCAUCUUGAUGCAUGUUUUCAAUUCUCUAAAGUUAUGCCAGUUUUACUUUUGACAUUUCAAAUGUCUUGAUCAUGAUGCAGCACUUCAAGUGGUAAAUCAUGACUACUGUCUUCAAAAAGGAACAAGUGUCUACCUCAGACACAACAGUGUAUUUUCAAGUUGCAUUUUUACUUUUAAAGUGAGAUUUUUCUCAGCAACAUUAUUUUCUUUGGACAAUUACCUCAUGUCUAACAAUGAGAAAACAUGCAUAACUGGCCCAAAAUGACAAAAAAUUUGAUUACAGGUAAGAUUUCUCAUUGGUGUGAGAUUUAUAGUUUUAUAGUGGCUUUUCUUUUUAGUUUUGGGUGGUCAAAAAACAUGCAUGGAAAAAAAAACUACUAAUAUGCUUGAACUAUUUUUUUUUUAUACAUUCAUUAGAUUUUUUUUUUCUUUACAUUUGUAAUUUUUGUUAAUAGGAGGCAGCGGAUAAUAAGAAAGGGAGAAGUAAAAUAGUAUACACCACCUACAGGAAAUUCAUACGUGGAGUUCCCUCUAUAGAAUCUUGCUAGAAAUUCCAGUUACCGAAGUUUUUGUAAUAAAUGUUUCUAAUCUAUUCAAAUAGUUUCUGGUAAAAAAAAUUAGAUUAUUUCUUUAGAAAAUAGGACUUGUUUUGUACAUUGGUCUAUGGCAGUCUUGUUUUUGUUUCUAAUGAUUGCUGAGUUUUCCAUCGUGUUACAGGGUGAUAAAUCACCUAACUGUCUGAUAAGCAUUCAUUUUGGUUUGUUCUCUUAAAUACAACAAUGUUAAAUA